AUGGAUAUUCGUAUCUCAGAGUCUACUGCUGCUUGCUCAAGCUUUUAUUCUACACAACCCCAAACCACAGCCAUGGAAGCAUCAAACCCCUCCAAGAAGCCUACAGGCAGCCCACAGAGCUCGACCUCAACUGUAGUAAGCCAAGGAAGCAGCCAAACCCCAACCAGUGAUCAACAGAGCCAGGGAAGUGGACAAGACAGUGGAUACCAAGGGCAGACUGGCAGCAGCCAACAACAAGAUCAAAGCAGUGGCCAGCAGGGCAGUGUAAAUCAACAAGGACAGAAUCAGAGAGGUGGUCAGCAGGGUGGUGGAAGCCAACAAGGACAGGAUCAGAGAGAUGGUCAGCAGGUUGGUGGAAGCCAACAAGCACAGGAUCAGAGCAGUGGCCAGCAGACUGGGGGAAGUGGGCAACAAAGUUGUGGAACCCAGCAAGGAGGACAGAGUCAAGGAGAUGGACAGGAUUCUUCUUAUAACCCUAAACAAGGAAACGAUAAGCAAUAGACCUGUGGUUUACACUCCAAUAUCUAUAUAUACCUGAUGAUAAUUACUGUCCCUUCAUCCUUACCAAAUUAUUCUAUAGCCAAAGCAUAUAAAUAAAAUUAUGUUGUGAUUACAGCAA